UUUCUUGGAGCGACCUAUCUGGCCGAGCUUCGGGGCGCGCUGGCCUAGUCUUCGCUGCGGGGAGUCGAAGCUCAGCGAGCCGCCUCUGCUCCCCGCGCCCGCAGCCUGUAGCCGAGCCCCGUCGGGCCGAAGCGGACCCGGCUGCAGGGGGCUCGUGGGCGGCAGAAGCUCUGGCAUCUCCGGCGCGUCGUGGAUGUCGCCUCUGCGCGGAGCUCCUUCCUCCUCUCUCUUCAUCAACACCUCGCCGCUCAAACGCUCCUUUUCCUCGCUACUUCCGCAACAAUACAGCAUGCAGGAGGCGUCUCGCGCUUCCCCGCGGCGCGCCGAUCGACGUGGACACGCCGCCGCCGAGGGCCGCAGCGCUGCGGAGAAGAUUCACGUGCGCGUGCAGAUGGCGAUACCCUGCAGCCAUGUCCACCAAGAUGAUCAUCCAGCAGCCCGGUCCUGUCGUGCAAACCCUUGAUUCCAACCAGUGGAGCUCGGGAAUCUGCGACUGCUGUGAUGACAUGGCCGAGUGCUGCUUUGCCUUCUGGUGCAUGCCUUGCUAUGCAUGUAAGACUGCCAGGCAGUAUGGAGAGUGCCUGUGUCUGCCACUGCUCAACAUGUGUGGCUGUGUUCCCCCCAUAACCUUUGGAAUGAGGGUCUCCAUGCGUGAGCGCUACGGAAUCACGGGAACCAUGUGCAAAGAUUGCGCAUACGCCAGCUUUUGCGGCCCCUGCUCUUGGUGUCAGAUGUCCAAGGAAAUCAAAAGGCGAACCCAGCCUAUCACCCUCAUCAACGCCAGGGUGACACAGUGACAUUCUUGCUCUUAUCUGCACCAGGACUACAUUUAACAGUCACCAACAUCACAAUCAUCAACGUCACAAGCUGUUCCAGACCUCCUUGAGAUUAAGAUCAUGAGCCAUUUCUUACCAGCCUUGUCAAGAAGGUCAAAAACUGCUUGAACCUUUUGGUUAUAUUAAUGCUUAUGUUGAGAUACCCCAUUAUAACAAGCAUUAGUGAAAUGUGUAAUCGAACAACGUCCUAUUUUACUGCAUUAGCGGAGUUCAGUUUACUGCAUUACGAUAGUAAUGUGAAAGCAGGAAUUUGUAUAUUUU